AACACUGUAGCUUCUCAAUUGAGCUCGCUGCGCAUCUUGAACGGCGGCGACGAAAUCGAGGCGGCGGUUCGCGGCGGAGAGCGCCGCCGGGAGCUCGGUACCCACGUACAGCUGAACCUGCAGCAGGCCAUCAUCGCACAAAGCGAGCUCAGACCAGAAGAAAACGGACCCCCAUCAUCCUCUUUUGACCAGAUGAGGCCGUGGCUGCUAUUGCUGGCGUUUCGCCAAACGGGGCGCCGCUGUUUCUCCGGAAGAGUCGGCGGCGACUCCUCCGGCCCGAACCCACGAUUCCUUUCGCCUUCCCAGCGCGGGAAGCAGGCCUCCCUGGCGAGUCUCUUCCAAAGGUACGGCCUUUCUCCGUCCCAGUCGCCUGAUUUCCUCGCGAAGAACCGGUUCUUGCUCGAUGCCAGCUUGCACGACACCGAAAGAUCACUGAGCAUUUUGUCCUCGCUCAAGAUACCCAAUGAACUGGUGGUCUCCGUGAUGGGUCGGUGUCCCAGGGUUUUGGAACAUGAGUUCCUGAGGAAAUGGGAGGUGGUGUUUCGGGAGUUUGGCUUUCUUGGUGUUUCCCCUGCUGGCAUUAUAAGUACCCUCCAGUUUUCUAGGAAAUUCAAUGGUCCGGAGAGAUUCGGUAGUCUAUUCAAGGUUUUGAAGGGUUUAGGAGUUCGGGAUUACACUUAUUGCAGGAUAUUGGAGGAGUUUCCUGGAGUUAUUGCAAAGGGGGAGAUUGAAAUUUCGGGGAAAGUCGAGUUCUUGGAGGGAAUCGGCAUACCAAAAACUGCGGUGGACGGUGUGUUUCGCACUUUUCCUGGCAUUUUGGGAUUGAGUGUGGAGGGUCGAUUGAAGCCACUGAUUCUUGAGUUUAGGCAUUUAGGUUUUGAUAAAAGUGUGGCUCGGGACGAGAUUCUUAGAGAGCCCAGAGUUCUCGGCAUGGAACUUGGGGAACUCUCGCGUUGCUUGGAACUGCUACGGACUUUAAAAUGCCGAGAGACGAUUAAAGAAAAGAUUUUAAGGGGAGGUGAAUUCAAAGCUGGGUUCGAAGUGAAAUUGAGACUCGACUGCUUGUGCUGGCAUGGUUUGAUUCGCAGAGAUGCUUUCAAAGUGUUGUGGAAAGAGCCGAGGUUGAUUGUAUAUCAGAUAGGGGAGAUUGAGAGGAAGAUUGAUUUCUUGUUGAGCGAUAUGAACUAUGAAGUGGAGUGUCUAGUCGAGGUGCCUGAGUAUUUAGGUGUGAAUUUUGAAAAACAAAUCCUUCCUCGAUACAAUGUGAUCAAGUACUUAAGAUCCGUUGGGGGACUAGGCGAUCCAGUAGGCUUGCAAAAUUUGAUAAAGCCUAGCACGCUUAAAUUUUAUAACUUAUAUGUCAAGCCAUAUCCAGAGUGCGAAAAGAUUUUCAGAUGUGAAGCAGACAAAGCUGAGAAGCAGCAUCCAGUGGGACUGUGGAAGCUCUUCAAACCACAAAAGUAUCCCCAGUCCAAGGAUGAUGCAGAAAACAUAAAGUCCUUUAUGGAGUUGGGUGGUUAGGAUGGGACAAUUGUAGCCUCUCAUCCAUUAUUAUACUUCAAACUGAGGAUCGUGAAUGGUUCACAUCUAUUUGAAACAUCUACUGGUAUAAAAAUCAACUUUACACAGGAGACAGCGUGUUUGACAUCUUCUGAAGUCAGAACCAGUUCUUUAGAACCUUGAUCUAACCAGAGUAGGAAUUGGCACGUGGAUGUUACAUCUCUAGGUACUGCAUGAGCAUGGUCAUUUCUAAUUGGGGUUCAGCACUCAAUUGUUGCAUCUCUAGGAAAUACAUCAUCACCAUGUAUCAGUUUGUUCUUGCCAAUGUAGAGGAGACAUUGAACAAGACACAUUCUGCCCUUCCUUAUUCUGGUCAAACUUCUUACGACAGAUGCAAGGGAAAUUUCAAAUGGUGGUUGUCAGGCAUCCUGGCCAAGCCAUUCAGAUCCCGGGGAUUCGGCCGUGGAGAUCUUGAAUCUAGAGCGCCCUUGAUGGCUGAAGGCUGCAAAUACAAUAUCCACGCAUCUUGUUGGUCUGGUUGGGCUCCUCAAAUAGUUCUUCUAAGGAAAAAAGAUAAAUAAUUCUCCAAUUUUGGUCUAAUAUGUAGUAUCAUUUUUGAACUUUUAAUUUGUUCAAUGCGGUCUUUGAAUUUUGAUCCAAUGCAUAAUAUUAUUUUUGAACUUUUAAUUUAUUUAA